GUUCUGGGGCUAGUAAACUGUGAACAAACCUGUUUGCAUUGCUGCACUGCACAGCACAGCACAGAUAAGCCCUAAUUGUUAUGCAACUCCUUAGCAUAAGCUCCUGGCAUGGCUCAUAUGCUUCCCUUGUACUAAGACUGUCCAAAAUAGCAACAAGAAAGCAUGUAACUAAAGACACAGCAGGAGUGUAGGAAUUCACCCAGGCCUUGGAUGUUCUAAAGAGUGGACAAUUCUUCAUUUCAAACCCUCCGAAAUGCUAAGCAUAAUGUAUUUUCUUCGGAGCUUCUUCAAGACCCCGCAGCCAGUUGAAAACUACAUCAGUGAAGGAGAGUUUGAAGACGAUCUGAGUUCUUCUACCCCAAGCACAACGGAGCUGGAGGUCCGUGGAUCCAGCCAAGAAACAGAUGAAGAUUAUUUUGAAACUGUGUCACAUCAGAGUGGAUCUUUGUCAGAUGUAAAAACUGAGCCUUAUGAGAGUGCAUCAGACACAGAAUCCCUUUCCAGUGACAUAACUGGGAAUGCUUGCUCAGAUUCAAACUGCCUGUUUAUUGAAAAAAAACCCCUGUGCUGCAAUCUUCCCAAAGAAAAGGCAGAAACCUUCCAUGAACUGAAGAGCUCCAGGCAACCAGAGUUCACCCAGCACAUACAGCUAGAAUUGUCCUCCAAAAUAAAAGAAGCACCAAGUAAAACUGAAUUUUGCAUCCAGUUUGCAGAGUUAGAGGGUGAAGAAUUGGGUGAUGAAGAGCUAACGUUAUCCAGUGAUAUUUCCAUCACAGAGAGCCAAGGCCAUGAAGAGAGCAUUUUAUCACAGGCAAAGAGAAAGUCUGGGGCAGCACUGCAGAGUAAGGCAGAGUUAGAAAACAGGGAAGUGCAGUCCUAUACCAACCCAGUACUUGCAGAAAACGAUACUGCAAGAGUGAAGGAACAUCCUGCAGUAUUUAGCAUUGCCUGUUUCAAAGCAAACUCAGAAAGUUGUUUGAUUUUUCCUGAGGUACAGCAGUUUUCCUUCCAGUCAGAUGCAGCACCAAGCUGUAGUUUGCCUAAUCUUCAUUUUGAAACAAAUGAGCCUAACUGUAAAAGUGACACUGAGACAUCUGACUGUAAGUGUGAAUUAGAGUCUAUGUCCAGUAUAAAAUGCAGCAGGAGGAAUUCAGCUGACAGUGAGGACACUUCAGAUAAAAGGAUAAAACAUGGAAGUACAGAGACCAUGCUGACAUCAGAUUCACUCUUCUACCAGAGUUGCUUCAACCCAAAACCUCGGCUACCAUACACAAGGUCAGAGAUUACAGAAAGUAAAACAUGGCACAGUGCACCUGAAAAUAUCAGUGCUCAAAGGGAGACAGAAUGUGUGGUGAGCUGUAUUCACCCAACAGACAAAUUUAGAUGGUCAUGUUCCACAUUACAUCUUCAAGAGCUGGAUUUUGAAUACACUUGGAAAAACUUAGGAAGGGUAACUGUAAGCCCUGAAAAGGCUAUAGAAAUAGAGGGCCAGUUUGGCAUAAAAAAAUCUCUUCUUGAUACUGACACAACCUCAAAGGUGUGUCAGGUUUCCCAACCAGCAGCCUCUCCUCAGUGCAUUGAUUAUUUGCACUCUAAAUCAGAGACAUGUGGCCUUAGCCCAGAGCCAGCUGGUACUUGUGUUGACAGCUUAACACGGAGUGAUGCUUGUGAGGACAAUCCAAACCAAAAGGAGAAAUCCUCUUCCCUGGAUUGUGGUCCAGGGAUCAUAAGCGCUGAGGAACUGACACAAAACAAUGAGCACAAAGCUGAAAGAGAUCUGGAAGCAAACAGAUUCCCAUGUGAUACUGAUGUUGAAUCAGACACUGGUGACACUGAGAGCCCUGCAGCUUCACAUGCAGGUGUUCCUGCUGGUGUGGAAAGCAGAGACUGUGAGUGUUCUGUAAACUGUGUUUCCAGUACUGCAAUACAGCACAAACAUUUGAAGGAGAAUGGCCUUGAAUCUGAGCUGUCAGAUAUGGAGAUUGUGGCAGGAGAAAGAUGGGCAGAUGAUUCUUCUGAUCUUGGCUUUGGUUGGAAAGUCCUGGAAACUGCAACACAACCAGAUGGCCGUGACAGAGGGGCAGAGCACGGAGAGUCACUGCAACAAAAUGCAAGUUGCAAAACCGGUGCCUUAAGGAGCCACUCAGAGCUAGGAACAAAUGAACAUCCUAUUCAUAAAGGAAAGGAUGAAGAGAGUGUCUUUGCUGUUGAAAGGACUCCCAGAUCAGAUUAUAUAAGGCAGGGACGGGAUUUAAUGGCUACUCCAGAAUUAAAGCCUGCCCCAAUUAUAGUCUCUGUAGAGGAGAAAGGAUUACAGUCCAAAACACUGAAUGACAACCUUCCUACUGAAGUGGUGGCUGAAACAUUGGGAAAUGGAGUGAGCAAGGAUUUGCUGUCUCCUCCUCAUACUGUCAGUAAAGCUCAUGGCGAGCCAGAGAGAGUUCUGAGUGAAAGCUGGAACUGUGAAGAACUAAUUCUGGCCACCCACCCCAUUCCUGGCAGUGCAGAGGUACUCUCUGGUAGGGAUGCAGCUGAAGUAAAAUCAGAAAUUUCAGAAGAGAAAAGAGGGAAAACAGAAUCAGUUUCAUCCUUAGGGUUCACCUGUAGUAAUUCUGCAGUAGCAAGUACCAAACUGGAAUUCAGGAAUGUUGCUGUACCACUAGGUAGUGAUACACUUACUGCAGAAAUUCAGACAGAUCCAUGUGAAAAAUCACUCAUAAAAUCUCCCAGUGGAGGUGGUGUGAGGCUCUCUGAGGAUGAGCCCUGCAGGGCAGGGGCACUGGUGACUGGUGCAGUGACACUGGAAGGCAGCAGCAGUGUAAGCAGUGUGUGCCAGGGACAUGGUGCUGGUGUCAGCCUUGAAAGGCCCAGCACUGUUAAAUCACAGGGUAGAAGUGGUGUGAUGGCCUUUGAGGAAGAGCCCUGCAGAACAAAUAGGGGUUUUGAAUUAAGGACAGAACAUUUAGGAAAGUCAGGCUUUAGAAACCCUGGAAGAAGCAAUGAUCAGGUGUCUAAGGAAGAGGAAUUCAAAGCACAUCAAAGCACAGAGGAAGGUUUGAAUAUUACCAGGGCAGUGACAGUGCAAAUGAGCAGCAGUGAAAGCAGUUUGUGGCAAGGAGAUGGUGCUGGUGUCAGCCUUCAAGGGCCCAGCAUGGUCUCUGGACAAGCAGUAGGCAGGCAAGGAAAGGAAAUCUGCAAUGGCUCAAAGGAAGAAACAGGUAUUUGUGAGGAACCCUCUCCUAGGGAAGGAAAGGAGGGCUCUCCUGCAGGACACACCUCUAGCCCCAGCAAAGACAGUGCACUGAGUCUGGAUGUGUCUGAUGUCUUUGAUGAGUCUCUGAACAGGGAGACUCACAGCACUUUCAUGCUGGGCCUCGACAGUGUAAGUACCUGCAGCACUAACAGCGAGGAACUGGAUGAGAACUCAUCCCACAUCCUGGGGAGUAACAGCAGCCUUCAUAAAGCUGUACAAAAGCCAACAAAGAGUGAGAAUAGUGGGAAAACUUCCAGGUUUUUAGUAUUCCCAAAAAUGACAUCUUUCAAGAAAACUAAGCCUGCCUCAUGGGAAAAUCAGGGAAGCAGCAGUAUCUUUGGGAGCAAGGCUAAGAUGGAAGACCUGGAUGUUGGGAAAGAUGACGAAGACACUGCAAGUUUAUUGUCUUUCAGAAGUUGUUCUUCUGGUUUAGUCUUCCACAGGAAGGAAAGCUACACCUCUGAGUACUCUGAUGAUGAUGAUUUAUUUUAUGAGAGACCUGCAGGAUUUUUCAACAGAUUAAGCCUGAGGAAGGCCUCUGGCUCUGGUCGGAUACUGAUGGAAGAUGCAGAUCGACAAGUUUCAGGUUCAUCUGAAAACAAUGACAGUGAAACUGCGGAGCAUUCAGGGAUUAGAAAAUCAUUCCCUGAAAAUGAACACAAAAGAAACAAAACCCCUGAGGGUAAGAAAUUCAGGACAAGGUUAGCCUUGGCACACAAAUCCCUCUCAAGCUUAUUUGAGUCUAAAUGUCCAGAAAAGGAAAACACUGAGCAAAGCUCAAAAGCAUCAGUGAAAAAUGAAAAGGAGAAAGCCAAACUUCGCCAUAGCACCUGGAAAGCUUUACUAAAAAGCAAGGAGGCAGAUGGACUAAAACGACCUGUUUUAGUAAGUUUAUCAUCCACACAGGAGAGUCUUAAUGCAACUGGUGGCCAUGCGUUAACACCAGAGGAGCGACAGCAUAGUUCCACUUUUUUUAAAACAGAAACAGAUAAUGGCUCCUUAACAAACUCCAACUAUUUUGACAGCUCUAUGGAGCCUGUUGAUGUCUCUUUACCUGCACGUAUGUGGAGAAGACGAAUACAGUCCCAUGACUUGGGUAUCAGAUACUCACAGAGUUCAGACUGUGAUGAACAGCAGGAGGUUCUGAGCAACAGUUUAAAUACUUCUCUAGAGGAAUACUGGAUGAAAUCUCCAUUUAGCCCCACGGACUUGCAGCUGGCAUUUAGUCAGUCAAGUCCAUCAUGUCCCCAGCUCUCCAGUUCUGAUGGUAAAGACAUGCCUUGUAGGCCCAUGAGUCCCAAACCUCAGAGUUCACGAUCCACUUCCCAGCACAAGAACUUCCGUUAUCCUGGGCGAGCAUGUGCCGCUUCCAUGAUCUCUCUCGGGAGCAGCUCUGCAGUGGAAAGCAGUCUGGAGGCUCCUGAGAGACCGAAGGCUCUGAAACCCAGAGGAAGUCUCUUACACUCGUUGGAUGACUUCCAGAGGGAUGACAGUGGCAUAAGCAGUCAAUCCCAGAUCAGCUUAAACACAGCUUCUUCCAUUAGUGACAUGCUCCAAGAUGAGUGUGUAAAACAGGAGUCUAAGCAGCCAUGUCAAACAGCACCUGGAAAGAGGCCAAAUAAGAAAUGGGUUCCCCAUCGCAAAAGGAGGCCCCCCCGGGUCCCACCAUGCCCUGUGUCCACCCUGGAGAGCAGAGCCUGCAGGCUCUCCUUCCUUGCUCCAGAUGAAAAAGCCAAGGAGAUCCCAGAGAGGAGGAGGAAGAGACCCAAACCCCUCUAUAAGUGCUUCAGCUUCGAUGAUGUUUGGAUGGAGAGAAAUCAAAAAAGGAAGCUAGAGAAGGAGACACAGCCAGAGGGAGGGGUUCAAUUGCAACAUCUCCCACAGGACCCCUCACAAGCUGGAAUAAGUCCAUCCAUCACAUCUCCUGUUGCCUUUGAUAUCCUGCCACUGAAGCUGCAUCCGUUUUCCCAGAGCACCCCGACAGGCCUGGACUGCGUGGGCUGGAAACGGCGCAUCUCUGCUCCCGUGAUCACUGAUGGAGCCCUGGACAAGACAGCCCUGACGGACGAUGUGGGGAGCGAGGAGGAUCUGUACGAGGAUUUCCGCAGCUCCAACCACCGCUACGGCCACCCCGGGGGCGGCGGCGAGCAGCUGGCCAUCAACGAGCUCAUCAGCGAUGGCAGCGUGGUGUACGCAGAGGCCCUCUGGGACCACGUCACCAUGGACGACCAGGAGCUGGGCUUCAAGGCCGGCGAUGUCAUCGAAGUGAUGGAUGCCACCAACAAGGAGUGGUGGUGGGGGAGGAUUCUGGACAGUGAAGGCUGGUUUCCAGCCAGCUUUGUUCGGCUGCGAGUGAACCAGGAUGAGCCCAUGGAAGAUUAUCCCCUGAAGGUGGAGGGGGGCAAAGAGGACGACUCCCGACGCUUUGGGAUGGGCCAGACCACCAAAGACCAAAUGAGGACCAAUGUCAUCAAUGAGAUCAUAAGCACAGAGAGAGACUACAUCAAGCACCUGAAGGACAUUUGUGAGGGUUACAUUAAGCAGUGCCGCAAGAGAGCAGACAUGUUUACAGAAGAGCAGCUGAAGACAAUCUUUGGGAAUAUUGAGGACAUCUACAGGUGCCAGAAGAAAUUUGUUAAAGCACUAGAGAAGAAAUUUAACAAAGACCACCCCCACUUGAGUGAGGUUGGCUCAUGCUUCUUGGAAUAUCAAACAGAGUUUCAGAUCUACUCCGAGUACUGCAACAACCACCCCAACGCCUGCCUGGAGCUGUCGCGCCUCACCAAGGUCAACAAGUACGUUUACUUCUUCGAGGCCUGCCGCCUGCUGCAGAAGAUGAUUGACAUCUCCCUGGAUGGCUUCCUGCUCACCCCCGUGCAGAAAAUCUGCAAAUACCCCCUGCAGCUGGCCGAGCUGCUCAAGUACACCAACCCCCAGCACAGGGAUUUCAAGGAUGUGGAGGCUGCCUUGAACGCCAUGAAGAACGUGGCUCGGCUCAUCAACGAGAGGAAGCGGCGCCUGGAGAACAUCGACAAAAUCGCUCAGUGGCAGAGCUCCAUCGAGGACUGGGAGGGAGAAGAUGUCCUAGUCCGAAGCUCAGAACUCAUCUAUUCUGGGGAAUUGGCCAAAAUCUCCCACCCUCAAGCCAAGAGCCAACAGAGGAUGUUCUUCCUCUUCGAUCACCAGCUUGUCUGCUGCAAGAAGGACCUCCUGCGCAGGGACAUCCUGUACUACAAGAGUCGGAUCAACAUGGAUGACAUGGAAAUACUGGAUGUAGAAGAUGGCAAGGACAAGGACUUCAAUAUCAGUGUGAAAAAUGCAUUUAAGCUGCACUGCAGGGACACUGAGGAAGUCCAUUUAUUUUGUGCAAAAAAGCCUGAGCAGAAACAGCGCUGGCUGAAGGCGUUUGAGAAUGAAAGGAGGCAGGUGCAGCUCGACCAGGAGACAGGUUUUUCCAUCACGGAGGUGCAGAAAAAGCAGGCAAUGCUGAAUGCCAGCAAGCAGCACCACGCUGGGAAGCCCAAGGCUGUCACCAGGCCCUACUACGACUUCCUGAUGCGGCAGAAGCACCCCACGCUGCCCAGCACGCUCCCUCAGCAGCAGGUCUUCAUGCUGGCAGAGCCCAAGCGCAAGCCCUCCAACUUCUGGCAGAACAUCAGCCGGCUGACGCCCUUCCGGAAAUAGGGGCAGCCCGUUUGUGCCUGAACCCCUUCUGAGACAGCACUUUAGCCCUCAGUCGUGGCAGGCGGAGCCGGGUUCCUCCAGCCCUGUGCUCACAGAGGAUGGCACCUGUGCUCCUGCCUCCCCUGUUUAUUUGGCUGCCCCGCUGGCUCCCAGGUGAGGCACAGCGUGGGCAGCGGUGCCACGGCGCCAGGCCCGCGCUGCCCAGCAGGCAGAGCUCCAGGAGCACGCAGCAGGGAGCUGGGCAGGCUGCAGCACAGAGAUUUCCCCUGCCAGUGUGCUUGGACUCGCUGCUUCCCUGGCAGCUGCCCCAGGGGAUGGCAGGGAUGGACCCGCUGGCCCCGUGGCCACCGCCAUGCUCGGAACAGCAGUUCAGAGUCCGUGACGAGGAGGGAUGAACCCUUCUGCUCUGCCCACCCCAUGCCCUGCGUUUCUCAGAGCUGUGAUCCUCCUCCACGUGUCCAACCAACUCAGCAGCCUCUGCAGGCACUCAGAGCACAGUGAGCACUGCACUGUGACCUCCUCCCUCCCUUUAUUCCAACAGCACCCGUGACAGGUGUCCUACAUUAAACUGUGCCAACCUGCAGCAUCAGUCAAGUCAAAGAAUCUCUCUAGUGGGUUUAAGUUACAUAAGUUAGAAAAAAAAUGUGCCUAAUUAAUACCAUACUCAAUUCUUUAGAUUCUCAUCUCUCCAUCAUUCUGCCAUAUUUCCUGGCCAAUGAAAAUGCUCAUUGUUUGUAAUGUGUUUAUUUAUGGUAAAAAUCAGAACUGUGUAUUUUGUAAGUCUGUAAUUGUUCUUGUCAGAUGUUGUUAACUUGAUGCUUGUUUUGUCUGUUUAAUCUUUCUUUUCUUUUUUUUUUUUUUAAGAAAGGUCAAUAUUUGCAAACCUAGCUCCCAGAAGUCAGAGUCUGCUGUUCAACUCUGCAACGUCAUUGUUAUGCAAACUCCCACAGACCCUCAAAUUCAAGGAGUGUUACUGACACUUUUGAAAAUGGAAAACCACUUGAUAAAGGCCUACAUUUGGCAUAAAGAGCCUCACUUUAUGUACCCAAGUUUCAAAUGGUGGCCAAAAAGAAUGAAUUUAAACCUUGGUUAGCAAAAAGAAAGAUUUGCCUUACCAUAGCAAGAGUUAGAAGCCAUACUGACUGAAUUCCCUAGAUUAGGAGACAUCCUGGGACAGUGGAAGGAAGACACAGGCUCAUUCCAGUUCACGUGUGAGUGAGCACUAACUGUCUGCAGAGCUCAAAAAUCCAGUGUUUGUUGAUGCUGUAGCUGACCAAAGUCUGGUCAUCCAGGGAUAUCUGAAUUCAGUAGCAUGUACAAAGUCCUUCUUGCACUAUAUCUUCCCCCCAGACCAGGGGCAACAUUUAAUUUCAUAAAGAAACUUGUAAAAGUGACUCUCAGCCUGUGUUUGUCUCCAGCCUGUCUCUCUGUGUGAAGCUUUCUUUCCAAAGUCACUGUGGGGAUUGUGCUCUUGCAGCUCCACCAGGGCUGCUCAGCCACAGGGGCCAUGCCAGAAGGUGACCUCAGAGAAGCCAUCCCAGGGACCUGACCAGAGGGGUCACUCUGCUCUGGGGAGGACACUGGGUCGAAUGCUGGGUGGGAGUGGAGGGCAAAAGGAAAAAAAAAUAAACAAGAAAACAUUCUCCAAGAAGCCCCUGAGAUCAGGCAGCUACAGCAGUAUUAGCACAACACACACAGACACCAAGAGACACAGACAUGGGGACACUGAAAGACACAGCCAGACAAAGGUGGCCCAGCAGGAACACUGAGGCACUGCCAGGGGUGUACAGACACCCAUGGGGGGAAAUGGUGACCAAGAGACCCUGACACACACACACAGGGAUGUCAGACAGCUGCAGCCAGCACCACUCAGCAACACAAGGCAAUUGUCAUUUCUGUGUUUACCCUAAGUGUCUGCACCCUCCUUUCCUUAUCCAUGGCGUGUUUGUUUUGAUUGGCCAGGAAGAAAACCUGUUGGCACUAAAAUGAUCUAUUUUCUGAGCUUAGCAUCAGCUUUUGUAGUAAGUGGAAGGGGGUAGAGGGGCAGAGGACCAUCCCCUCCCCAGCACGGGUACAGGAUCACACCCCACACCCCCACACUGAGCAUGGCCAGCUGUGACAAUGCAUCAGGGUGCUCAUAGUCUUGUCCAGUUGCUAUGUGGGUUCACUCAAGGAUGGAGAUUCUCCUAAAACCUCUUUAUAUCUCUGCUUAAAACCACUCUUUCCCCAGUGUGAUGGAAGUGCUGACAUCUAUUCAAAGCUCCCUUGCUGCAAUGUCUGAUCUGGUUUUAGGCAGAAUGUUGCUCAAUAUACUCAGCUUUACAUCUAUAAUGAAGUCACUCUGGUAGAAAUCCUCACCUCAUCUCCCAAGGGAAAUGGGGUGACCAUGGCACAGGACCCUGGAGUGCAGUGGCUGUGAAGUGCAACAACCCUGUCCUUCCUCCCCCUGAAACAAACACAAGAAUUGGCUAUUAUUAAUUACCUGUGUAGCAAUACUCUCAACAGUAAAUAUGCAUCCAGUGGUUAAAAUAAUCACAUCAUUUAUCAGCUCUUCCAGAACUGGCUGCAUCUCUGACCAGUGUGUACAAAGGAUUUACAGAGACACUUUUUUUUACAGAAAUUUCUGAAGUGCCAAACCAGACUCCUCUGGCCAGACAGCAUCCCAGUCAAUGGACAGUUCAUUACUUCUGGAAGAAUUCUACUCUCCACUUGACUAUCAGUACUCUUUCUAAAAAGUGUCCUCAGUUGGGAUUCUAGUCUUGUACACCACAUUUGGAGCUAGGAUCCAAUUCCCUAUGCAAGACUGAGAUCAGGUAAAAAAACUGAUCACAGAAAGUGGUGGAGUUACAGCAGCAACACAGCAAACAGGUAAGGUCAAACCCAUAAUCCCAUUGUGCUCAACACGCCCGACCCACAGACUGCUCUGAAGAGGAUUUCAUCACAAAAUACAUCCUUUGUUUAAGAGCCAGCACCACCUCCCAGCUCUCACCAUAACCCUCAGUGUUUCCUGAACACCAAAACUGUCUAUAUAAACUGUCACAAAUCUGGUGUAACCUCCUUCGGUUUUAAGUGAUUAGACACUCAAAGUCAUCUCAUCCCCCAAGUUACUGAUUAAAUAGUGAAGUACCUGUGUGUGAGAUGGUAACAGAUUAACCAAGCCCAGAUUUCCCUGUUGCUCCCCUGGCAGCUGCAUUUGGGCUGGGGUGGCUCCCAUCAUUCUGCCAAUGGACAGAACGGAGGUGAACACGUGCAGGCCAGACUGGGGGUGUGCACAGUGAGCAGAUCCCAAGGGCAUCAGCUCAGCUUGUGAGAACAGAGUUUCUGGCUGGUCAAGAACAGCCUCUGACAAACUCUCUGGGCUACAUGGACAAGACCUUCACGCCAGUUCCACCAGAAGUGUCCAUUUGAAACGAAGAAUCAGAGCUGUGAGAUAUCAGCAACCUUUUCUCUGGAGCUGAACCUUCAACAGGGGCCAGAAAUGCAGAUUUGCAUACAAAACAAACUGAAGCUCCUGAUGUGAGUCUCAACAACACCAGUCCUUCUGGAUUUUAGGGUAGAACCAGCUGAACUGCUCAGAAAAACAGUUCUGCAUUGAGUUACAUAAAGAGGACAAAGAGAUUGAGUCAGGGGUGGUUUGGGGUUUCUUUAGGGGUGUUGGUUCUAUCUGUUCCUCUCCUUCUGUAGACAUCCAUUUAGGAAGCUUCUUGUAAAAACAGCCAUGAUUCUUAAUGACCUUUAUCUGCCCAGAUUUCAUUUGGUCAAAUAAAACACAGAAUUCUGUAAAGGAUGUGAAUCAAAUGAAAGAAUGAUUUCCUGAAACUACCAGUAAAGUGAAGAGAACCAGUGGCUACUAAAUAACAUAGUCUCUGCUCUGACAAAAAAAAAAAGGGAAAAAAAAAUCUCUAAACUAUUAGUUUAGAAUAUCUGAUUCAGACACUGUGAGUGUAUACACUGUUCAAGUUCUAAUAGCAUCAAAACCAGCACGAACUGUCUUUGUGCUAACUCAAAGUAAGAACUAGGUCAGUUCCCAUGGAGAGAAGAGUUCCCCCAGAGCAGCCUUUAACAUCUCUGCUGUUUUGUCCAUUCCCUGAAGGACAGUGGGGUGUCAGCUGGGGAGGAACCCCACCUGUGUCCAGCAGAGGCCUCGGCUCACCAAGUCCCCUGCAGGAGAUUCCCACUGUGCAGGACACUGCUCUGCAGAGCCAGCACAGCUCUGUCAUCCCAGAGCCAACCAUGUGCCAACAACUGCACCUGCGUGUCCCAACAGCUUCCCAAAAGCACCUGAAAACCUGCCACCAACAGGGAGAACUCAGAACUGAGGCACCUGUGAGUAACAAAAGAAUCUCAGCUUCACACUGAGAACACUUCAUUUCUUGGGAUGCUGGAAUGACAGAAAUGAGCUUCUUUUUAAUAAAAAGGCCUUUCCUCUGAUAUGUCAAAAUAUCAGGCUGUGCUCCUCCAGAUUUACUGUAGUGGAAGCACAUGUUCAAGUAACAGCAUCAUUCAAGAAGUCUGUGUGCAACCAUCAGUCUUUUGAACAAGUACUGCACCGCUCCCCUCCCAGCCUCUGGAGCUGUCAGUGCCUGGCAGGUGCCACAGCACUCAGCAAGUGCUGAUUUCUUCUUUAUUGUUAUUACUUCAGUUGUUCUAAUCCUCCUGUCAAGUUCCACCACGUACCUGCUCAUGAGGUUAUGGCCAUUGCAAAGCCCAUCUGGACAGUGAAUAUGGUACAAAGGCAACUCAAGCUUUAAGGAGGGAACUACAAACACCUUAUUCAAGUGCUGGAGCCUCAGCCUGUGCCUGCUGCUGCUCUCAUUCUCUACCAAAGGGGGAACUGACAUCAGCAGCACCACACUGGUACAACCCAAAAUAUCAAUAGAAUGUCCUGUACCAGCCUACCAGCAGAAACUCCCUGUGCCAGAGCUCCCAGCCUAAGCAAAGCUGUAGGGUCAGGUCUUCAGGUAAGUAAUGAGUUAAAGAUUAAAAAUUCUGAUAGUGCAUAAAAAUUAACUGAAAAAAAAAGGCAGCAUCUUCAGCUGAUUUUAAACCCCUGAAGACACAGUGGUGCUCUUUCAGUUGGACAGUAUGGGGAGGGAAUGAAUCCAGGCUGCAGUGACCCAUCAGUGCAGCUGAUGUCAGAGUGGACAAGGUGCAGCCAGCAGUGUGACCUGGCACCGGACAGAAAUGCCUCCAGGGGACCACAGCUCCAGGCAGCAGUGGAGUUCCCUCCUUUUCACUCCCAGGCACACAGCUGCAGGCUCUGCAGGAGCCAAAGGCUGCUCCUUCCCAGCCACACAGCAACCCCAGCUCGCCCUGCCUUGCCAUCAACACCUCACACCUUAUUUCUCCUGUGUCUCACACAUGUUCUUAAUGAGCUACGUGACUAAAAUCCCAUGGCUUUGGCAAUGUUGGCACUUCUAGGAAAAAUGCAGGCUGCUUCUUUUUGCUCAACACUCCUGUCUUCUUUCCCCCCACAACUACACCCGUCCUCUCUGCACGUCCUGAGCUUCUCUUUUGCACAAGUUUGCUACCAAAGCAGCUCCCUGUUUCACUGCCUGUGCAAAUGAAAUACCUGUGGUACUUACCCCAGAGCUGUGUACCUUUGUGUGUGACUGCCUACAUUUACAGUUGUGAGAUGGGAAAUAAACAAGCUAUUGACUUUCA